AUUAUGGCGGAAGGAGACGAACAACAACAAGAACUCACGCCAGUAGACUUACAAAAGAAAGUUUAUUUUUUGCUUGAACAACUUCAAGAAAUGGCAAGCAGUUUGCCACUGAAGUACCAGCAGCGUUUGCCUUGCGAACUACUGUCGGGACUAGCAAAUUGUCUCUUGAAUGAUACAAUUUUUGAAAUAGUUAAAGGUUUAAUGGAGAUCCAACACGUUACAGAAAAACAUUUGUACCAACAACGACUGCAAGUGCUCCAUCGACAUAAAAUGGAAUUACAGGAGAUCACAACCCAGACUACUGAUGAGACAAUCAGAAAUGCUCAACGGCUACUGUUGAUCAGAAAACAUCGCGAAGAAAUGAAGCAAACAGAUAUGAAAUUAGUGCUUCAGCUAGAUCAGAAGGUUUCAGACCAACAAGUGGUUCUGGAAAAGGCUGGAGUUCCAGGUUUUUAUGUUACAAACAAUCCACUUGAAGUGAAAGUGCAAAUGCAUCUACUUGACUUCAUUUUACGACUCAGCAAGAUGAAAACACCCACCUGACGAGAUGAACAUGGCUUUCUGCUGUGACUACACUUCGUGGUGUCAUUGCAGAAUGCCAUUGGUCAGUGGAAGCUAUGGGAUCUUUCCGGUUCCUGUGACUAUCCUCGUGAAUGGUAAAUGUGAAGUAUUAAGUAGUAUUGAAUUGAACUGGACAAUAGAUUACAGUUAGGUGGCACAAGCAUGAUCACUUGCUGUUCAGGCAGCCAAUUUGUUUUGGUUCACUUGAGAGAUUAUAUUUUCAAGUAACCAAAAGCUUGGAGUUUUCACUGUAUUAAAAUGGGCCGUUACCAUUGCUCUUUGCUUGUUCAUAAGAUAAACUACAAUCAUUAAGAAAUCCAUACUAGUGUUGGAAUGUAACAGUGUCAUAUGCAAUUGUAAAGUACAUCACCCAAUAUUUAAAGCAAAAGUAGACAUUUUAAAGUUCUAUAGCAAUAUAAAUAUUUGGGAUAUUAUUUUUAACAAAUUUUGUACAUAUAUAUAAAUCAUGACUAUUUGGUUUAAAAUUCUAAAUGAGCAUAAGCAAUUAGUGUUACAUUGUUGUUCAUGUUCUUUUACAACUUGUCAUGUAACCAUAGAAGUAAGAUGGACCAUUUGUACGUUAGUAGAGAACUUACUUGUAUUUCUAAGAAACAUGUAUAGUACAAAUUACAAAAUCAACAUAUUGUACUUGUCAUCUUGUUUCAUUGUUUUGUGUUACCAAUGGAAAUAUAGGAGGAGACAUAAAUACACAUUUUUCGUACCUUAACUUUUGACAGAGAAUAUGUUAAAAUUUUCAAUGGUCUAUCUACAUUGAUGUAAUAUAACAUUUGUGGAAAAAAAGAAACGUGCUUGUAGCAAAACCAUAGACAUUAUUUUAUUUCAGAUUACUUCACUAAAACUCUUUAAUUGUUUGUUGAGUAACUGAAUUAUCCUGAAGAAACACAUUUUGUUCAUAAGCUAAAUAAAUAUUUUACUGAAUAGUAAAUCAGUGAUUUUUAGAUGACUUAUAUUUAGUUUCUGACAUAUUUAUUUCUUAUUGUGUGUGUGUGUAUGCGCAUGAAUAUACAGACUCAACCCUACUCUGUUUAAUGUCAUCAAACAGGGUACUAAUGUUAUGUUUUUGUCACCUUAGCAACCUGCCAGUUGAUGAUGACAUAAAUUGAAAGAUAUGUAAAUACUAAUACAGCUGUUUUAAGUCUGUCAAAAUUUUAUAUUAUUUUUGUAUGAUAAAAAUAUUGUAAUAAAUAACUGAUAAUUGAUGAUAAA